AUACGGUGUGAAAUAAUAAACAAGCUUCUUCUUCCCUAUCUCUCUCUCAAUUCUUCUCUCGGAUGAAUUCCCUGGAUUGAAUUGUUCAUAUUCUUCGAAAUAUCUCAUUUCCUAGAAUAUUCUCCUUGAUUUUUGGUAUCAAUUGGUAUCAGAGCUUACGAUUCUUGGCCAAGAUGACGAGAACUAGAGCUUCUGAAGGAGUAAAUGACGAAUCUGAAGACAAAUUGGCACAAAUCCAGCUUCAACUGCAGAAGUUAAUGGAAGGAUUGGCGCUCAUCAACGAUCGAAGUUCACAGACGGAUCAGGAACUGGGCAAACUCAAGGAAAUUCUGAAGAAAAUGGAAUCAAAGGACAAGGAUGGGGAUGGUGAAUCGUCUCAUAUGAACAGAAGACACGAUGGUUCACAUCAUGGUUCCACUUCUGGUAAUUCACUUACACGUUUCUCUAGAUUGGAUUUCCCAAAGUUUUCUGGUCAGGAGCUUAGGGCUUGGCUCUAUAAGGUGGAACAAAUAUUUGCCAUGGAUGAUGUUCCACCUGACCAGAGGGUAAAGAUUGCUGCCAUCCACUUAGAAGGAGAAGCCAUUGCUUGGCAUAGAUCAUAUAUGCGUGAUGUGAAUAUCAAUAAUUACAGUUGGACAGAAUAUGCAUUGGCUCUUAAUGGGAGAUUUGGUGAAACCUUUGAGGAUCCAAUGGGGGAACUGAAAAACUUAGUUCAAAAAGGAACAGUUAGGGAAUAUCAAGCAUCCUUUGAUAGGCUUAUGACUAUUGUUAAUCUGUCCAAUGAGAAUGCAAUCAGUUGUUUCAUUGGAGGAUUAAAAACUGAAUUGAACAAGGCAGUAAGGAUGCAUGCUCCAAAAACUCUGAUGCAAGCUUAUAAAAUUGCGAGGUUGCAAGAGGAGGUGUUCACUGCUCAAGCUCAAUCUUGGGGGCUAAGGAGUGGUGGGAAACAAUCAGGGGGGAUUCUGCCUACCCCAAGCUGGCCUAAAGGGGGGGCCUUCAAAAAGCAAAUUCAAGUACAGUUUCUAAAAUUGGUGGGGCAAAUGGAAUUCCUACAGGAAGGAGACUAACACCUGCAGAAAUGGAUGAGAAAAGAGCAAAGGGACUCUGUUUCUUCUGUGAUGAGAAGUACGUUGUG